AUGGAGGUUGGUGGUGUCGAGCUGAUCAAGAUUCGUCACGGAGCCAAUCCAACUGUGUCGUUCUCGGGAUUCGUGGCUUUGUGUGGUGGAUAUUGCUUCCUUCAUAUUGCUUCAUUGGUAAUUUGGUAACCCGUUUUUCCGAGUUCGAUGUUCCGUCUUUUUUGAAUGAGAUCGCAAAGACUUUAAGUUAAAAUUAUCCUAUUUUAUAAACAAAAUCUAUUUUUCUGUUUUAAUUCUUUUUUUCAUUCUGCAUUUUUUAUAUUUUCAUAUUUCGAACUUCCGGUUUUCGAUCUUUUGGUUUUUCUAAUUUGAGGUUUUUCGAACUUCUAGUAUUCGAACUUGCGGCAUUCGAACUUGCGGCAUUCGAACUUUUGGUUGUCGAACUUGGGGUUUUUCGAACUUCCGGUAGGCGGUCAUUUGCAAAAGUCUCUUGAAUUUUACAUGCUUCCUGAUUGAGACCGCAUAGCGUUCUCUCAUUUGUUAAGUUUAUAUCUACUUUAACGGUGAAGCGAACGAUGGAAGCGAAUGCGUGACAUCUUCUUUAUUCCUUCGGUUUUUGUCGUUCACGGCACGGCAGUAGGCACAGACGUAUCGGAGAAUUCCCUUUCUAUCAGCUGUUGCACCAUUGGUUAAUGCGUAUACCAAACCAUCGUGGUCUAGAUGGGGCACCAGAAACCUCGUCUACUUCCCUCGACGUUGCGAAGGCAAUGCAACAGGUUUAGAAGAGGCUUCUUCAUCACGGUUAGUCGCCCACCCAUUACCGGUUGAAUUCGAACAAAAUGAGAAUCUCUCGCGAGGUUUUUAGACCGAAAAAUAUUUUCUAUUUUUAUUUUUAGGAAUUCUUUUAUUUUUUGUUGAUAUCGCCAUGUCGCGACGCUUCCUUUGGACGAAACUCAAUCGGCGGGAGACAUCUUUGUUCUACAAUAUUCUUUGGGUUGCCUCUUCCGAGAUCCGAGAGCACAGGAAUUUUUGUGCCUUUGUUGCACAACAGCGUGGAUGAAGUUUUUUGCUUAACGGGAGUUUGCUGUUGUCGGGUUGCACUGCAUUACUUAACGUAACCAGAAAAGGAUUUUCGAUAUCCAAAAGAUUUUUAAAACCGGCUCUUUAAUUUUGGGAGAUUUAAUAAAAUUUACCGUCCGGAAAAAAGAACGGUUGAUGUCAGUCAUGACAUUUGGAAACUUUACACUGUUUUUUUGUCUUUUUUCAGCGGCCUCACUUCUACAAGAACCUUCUGCGAGAAAUUAAGAGGACUAAAACAAAAGGGAUCUAUACAAAGGGAUCAAAGGGAUCGAAUACAUUGUUCUCUCUCAUUGCGACACAAUCAGCGGAAGGGAAAAGAUCACUGUGAAGCUGCAAAAGUAGGAUUUUCUGGGACUUUUACGUUGUUAUCCGUCUCAAUUUUGCCCAGCUCUAUUGCAAAGCUGUCAUUAGUCCGUCGGUAAAAUAAAGCACUCUGUUGCAUCGAAAAUCCCAUCGCCGCAAAGAAAAUAAACGCGGGGAAAUCAAUUUCUUUUCACUCCAGCGACACAAUUGGCGCAGCGACAUUGUGCUCAUUAUUUUCCCGACCGACUAAUAUUUUUUUCAUUUUUCAGCUACCCUGACAUUGAUUUGUACGGAAAAUGCGGGAAUCUGACGUGCGAUCACAAGUGCUUCUCCGAGAACAAGAAGAAAUGCCGAUUUUAUUUAAAAGACGAUUUCUGAGUCAGUGCGUCAGCCGUGGACAUAGGAAAAAAUCGAUUUUGAGUUUUUUGCAUUAAAAUGACUGUUGGAAGGUGCUAAGCAAAAGCGAACGAUAUUUUUUUCCAAAACCUUCAUCAAGGUAUAUUUUUUUACAAUUUACUGUUUUAGAAGUAAUCGCCUCCAGCUGUCGUAUCUUACCUUACUGUGCGAUGAUUUGAUGGUUAUUGAAGUUUUUGACUCUUGCGGUGAUGAUGGAAUCAUUAUUUUUCUGGUUUUCCUACUGUAACAUACCGUAAUACCGUAUCGGCCGCUAAAAAACGGCCGUAAAUUCUUUGUUUCUGAAAACCCACAGCUGAUUUUUUGAUAUGUUAAUCAGCGUAAAAUUCUGCUCUAGACGCAAUCAAAAAAAGUUCAAAAAAGUGAAUGACAAAUUUCGUGGUAUAGUGGUUAGUGGUCGGGACUACCAAUCCAGCCUCCCAGGUUCGAUUCCGGGUGGGUGCAAAUCACGAAAAAAUACUAGAAAUCGACUUUAAUGGAACAAUCAAAGCUAUUUGAUUGAUUCUAAGUGAUUUUGGACAAUAACGGCACCUUUAUGGGAGCCUAAAACGGAUUUUUUAAAAUUUUUGAGGCUUAAUACGUGAAAAAUAAAACGGCUUCAAACCGGCUGAAAUUGAUACCACUUACUCUAGGGCUAAUUAUAAGACACUUUCCCGUUAACUUUUUUUGGGAUCUUACUGUAUCGUGGAUUACUGUAACAUGAAACGCGUUUCCAUUUUUUUGUAUACCACAUAGCACAGAGAGCUCGUAUCCCCACCAUUACGCUUAAAAUGAUUAAGAAAGGCUUGGUUUGCGUAGAAAUUUUUUUUAUAUGGCGGUACGACUUGAAACACCUGAGUAAUCUCACGCAGUUUCACCAGUUGUUGAUAACGUCGACACACAUUGGAGACGGGGGGAAAUUUUGAUUUAUACAUCAAGAGUGGAUCUUUGUUUUCUUAUUAAAAUAUCUAACUAAAAAACUAAAAAAUUUGUGCGAGAAUUCUGAAGUAAACCGCGGUUUAGGAGAAUAAGUUUUAUGUUACAGUAAUCCACGAUACAGUAAGAUCCCAAAAAAAGUUAACGGGAAAGUGUCUUAUAAUUAGCCCUAGAGUAAGUGGUAUCAAUUUCAGCCGGUUUGAAGCCGUUUUAUUUUUCACGUAUUAAGCCUCAAAAAUUUUAAAAAAUCCGUUUUAGGCUCCCAUAAAGGUGCCGUUAUUGUCCAAAAUCACUUAGAAUCAAUCAAAUAGCUUUGAUUGUUCCAUUAAAGUCGAUUUCUAGUAUUUUUUCGUGAUUUGCACCCACCCGGAAUCGAACCUGGGAGGCUGGAUUGGUAGUCCCGACCACUAACCACUAUACCACGAAAUUUGUCAUUCACUUUUUUGAACUUUUUUUGAUUGCGUCUAGAGCAGAAUUUUACGCUGAUUAACAUAUCAAAAAAUCAGCUGUGGGUUUUCAGAAACAAAGAUUUUACGGCCGUUUUUUAGCGGCCGAUACGGUAUUACGGUAUGUUACAGUAGGAAGAUCAGAAAAAUAAUGAUUCCAUCGUCACCGCAAGAGUCAAAAACUUCAGUAACCAUCAAAUCAUCGCACAGUAAGGUAAGAUACGACAGCUGGAGGCGAUUACUUCUAAAACAGUAAAUUGUAAAAAAUGGUACCUUGUUGAAAGUUUUAGGAAAAAAUAUUGUUCGCUUUUGUUUAGCACCUACCAACAGUCAUUUUGAUGCAAAAAACUCAAAUUUGAUUUUUUCCUAUGUCCAUGCCUAACUGGCGGCUGAUUCACUGACUCAGAAAUCGUCUUUUAAAACUCGGUCUGUCAAGAUUAUGUGACGGAAAAGUUCUACCAAUUCAACGAUCUGGUACACAUUGUUUUUAAGAAGGAACACUAUCGGAAUCUGCCACCAAAGUCGUUCAUUGCGUUGGAUGAUUUUGAGUAAGUAUUCUGGGGGAGACGUUUCCCAAAUUGAAAACGUUCCUUUGAUAAGUUUCGAUUCAAAGUGUUUGAAAUGAGACACUCAGACUUUAGUGAAACCUGGCACAAAUCUAUUUAAGUCUGUCUUAGAAAUAAUGUGGUUUUGUCGAAGAAAAAUAUCUAGUCUUGCCGCAGUAGCGCACCAAAUCUCCAGCCGCGGCUAGGUGUCGCAAGGCGGUGAUAUCCAAAAGUGCGAUUCCAAAGUGCGACGAAUUCACAUUAUUUUCUGGACAGACUGAUAUUAAAAAAAAAGAAAACGAAAGACCGACAGUGAUAGGUAGAUUCUUUCGAAGAUCUAUGCACAACUUGAGCUGGUUGUUUGUCGAAGCAGCGCGUUUGGUCGGUGAAAAAGUUAUUCGUUUUUGCGGGCUUCUCCAUAAACGGUUCUAGCCUUCUUCCCUUCGGCCGGACCAAUGAUUCGACAAAAAUUUGUCAAAAAUCUUGCAAUAGCUACUCCUGUAAAGCAUGAGCUAAAACGUAGAUAAAUUGAUACAGUAUAUUGUCUAUCCAUAAGUCUGUCGGGGAAAUUAUGAGCACAACGUUGCCACACCAAUCACGGCGCUGAAGCAAAAAGCAAUUUGAUUUUUGCCGAAACACAUUUUAUUUUCUCGGCGGCGUUGCGAUUUUCAAUGCGACAGAGUGCUCAUUAUUUUCCCGACAGACUGAUAUGCCCGUUAAAAUGCACAUUUUUAGAAGCCUGAAGUCCUUUGCAACCUACAUCAAGUAUCUAAACGAGAACGACGAAGCCUACGCCGAACAUCUGCUUUGGCGAUAG